CCGCAGGGCUGCUUCACCUGCAUUGCCAAGCCCCCAGCUCUCCGGCAAGCUUCGCCGGUUCUGUCUCCUUCUUCUGCCGUUUAUCUCAUGGAGACCAAAAGCUGCAAAGGGGACAGCCUGCAGCCAGCGGUCCCGUGCAAGCACUCAGUGGAGAAGAAGACGAUGACCAACCCCACCACAGUCAUCGAAAUCUACCCCGACACCACUGAGGUGAAUGACUACUAUCUCUGGUCCAUCUUCAACUUCGUAUACCUCAACUUCUGCUGCCUCGGCUUCAUCGCCUUGGCCUAUUCAUUGAAAGUCCGGGAUAAGAAACUCCUCAAUGACUUAAAUGGAGCAGUCGAAGAUGCCAAGACAGCCCGGCUUUUUAACAUCACCAGCUCAGCCCUUGCAACCUUCUGUAUCAUCCUCAUCUUCAUCUUCCUGCGAUACCCCCUCACUGACUACUAGAGUGAGGCCAACAGCAGUGGCUGCCGCCAAAAUGCCUCUAUGCCAGAAGUGUCUGCAGUUAUUUCUUGUAGCAAGGACGCAAAAAAACCCCACACCGCUCCACCUUGAUUGCAAAAAAAAAAAAAAGCCAAUUAAAUACCUAAAUAAAAAUUAUAUGAGUUGAUCAGCCCAGCUGAACAUAUCCUUCCUGCCCCCAAACAGUUUGUGAACUGCUGUAGGAAAGGGUCUUAUUCUUACACAUGUACAGAGAUAAAAAUAGACCAAUAAAUAUUUAUUUUAUGGCCAGCAAACUGUGUGACAAGAAGGUACAAAGCUGAGAGUGAUGCACACCUGGCAGCAGAAAGCUGAGCUCUGGGGAGCAGCGGGGUCCUGCCGAGCAGGAGGUGUGUGCAGUGAUGGAUGGUGACCAUGGCAGGGCUGGCUCACAACAUAUCAG